AUGAAACUUACCAGACAACCAAAGUGGGGUAAAUUUUACAAGUAUUUUGCUUUGAAAGACGUUCGUGCUGAAGCUGGUGCUCAAGAGCAAGCGUGGGCCGACCCUUCUACCAAGGUCGUGCCAAAAAAUGAUUAUGGACAUUUUUAUUCUGGUGACAGUUACAUUGUUCUUCAUUCUUACAAGAAGAAUGAUAAAACUGAAGCGUUAGCCCAUGAUAUUCAUUAUUGGCUCGGAUUAGAUAGCAGUCAGGAUGAAGUUGGAACUGCUGCAUACAAGACUGUUGAGCUAGAUGAUUUUCUCGGAACUUCUCCAGUUCAACAUCGUGAGGUUCAAGGUUGUGAAUCAAAUUUGUUCCUUUCCUAUUUCAAACAAUUUCAAGUUGAAGAUGGAGGAAUAGAGUCAGGAUUUAAUCGUCUUAAACCAGUUGAAUAUCGCCAUCGUUUACUUAAAUUAAAACAAAUUAAACGUACAGUGGUAGUUAGAGAAGUACUAAAAGAUUAUACAUCUUUGAAUAGUGGAGAUGUGUUUAUAUUAGAUGUUGGAACAACUCUUUAUCAAUUAAAUGGUAAACAUUCUCAAGGUUCUGAAAGAAUUAAAGCUGCUGAAUUUGUUAGGGCUAUCGAAGGCGAAAGACAAGGGGCUUGCAAUAUUAUCGUAAUUGAUGAAGGAGAUAGAGAAAUGGGUAGCUUCUGGGAUGCACUCGGUAGUAAAGGCGAUAUUAAACCUGCUGAUGAAGAUACCGCUGAAGAUAUGACUAAAAUUGAACAUAAACUCUUAAGAGUAAGCGAUUCUUCUGGCAAAUUGACUUUCAAGGAAGAAGCUACUGGUACAAUCACCAGGGAUCAGUUUGAUACUAAUGAUGUAUUUGUUUUUGAUGCGGGUCAUGAAGUUUUCGUUUGGAUCGGUAAAAAUUCUACUGUUAAAGAAAAAAAAUAUUCUUUACAAUACGCUCAGGAUUAUAUUCAAAAAUACAAUCGACCUGCCUAUCUUCCUAUUACUCGUGUGAUGGAAGGUGGAGAAAAUGAAACUUUUGAAUCUGCUUUAAUAACUGUUUCGACUCGUAUAAGGAAAGCUUGA